CCAUUCUCCCCAAUCGCCAGUCGCCACUCGCAUGUUUGGCCACUCUCCAAAAUAUUGUUCAUUUUUUUCUUUAAAAUUGUCUUCAGAUUCUUCGUCGUGUUAGCUAAGAUGAUUAAGAACAUCUACAGAAAGCUUAGAGAGUCAGUUUACUGAGGUUAAGGACACAUACGACACUUCCAUGUAAAACAUACCCAGUACCACAACACCAGCAAUACGUAAAAGAACGAAAACAUGCCCAAUAAGGUUGGGUGAAACUGAAAUCAAAAAUGAAACUGAAACCAAAAUAAAAAUAUCAGGUUUGUCACGAGUGGCUGCACGCGGCACUGCGACUGUUGCGUCUGAUGAAGUGUUCUUGCUGCUUUCCUUGAACUGAUCCAGGACCUCAGUUUUGGAUUUUUCUGCGUAUUGUGACUUCACCGUUGGAGACAGAAAAUAUGAAAUUUAACUGGUCUGUUGGAACUAUUUAAAUUUUUUUACAGCAAUUAUUUCUACCACUGUAAGUGUUUUACAUUAAGUGUUUGACAUGAACGUCAAAGGAAAUCCGUUCUGUUUGUUUAUCAUUGAUAAAAAAAAUAAUUGCUACUUCAACUAGAAUAAAUAUUUAUGUGAAUAAUUGGCGCGAUUUACGUUUUCGGAGUUCUUGGAAUUAUUUAGUCUGUUCACCAUAUCGAAUACAGCAGUCGUUUGUUGUUCUAUCUGGUGAUCUGUCAAAAAGAUAAAAUAUUAUGCCCAAGAAUAAGGAAAAUUGAAAGUUUACAAUAAUUAUUUUUUGUCAAGCGUACUAAGAUCUUGAUAAUGUCGAAUGCUUGCUUCAAAAUCGAGACAGUCUGCAAGUGGUUUGUUCCGUACUAAAGGCAUUUUACGUUUUUCUUCUUCUAUUCCCUAAAACACACUAAAUUGGGUGACUAAAUGUAACGUAAAUAGUACUGAAACUUUGAAAAAGAGGAAAAAGUAUUCUGAAAAUUCAAAUAAUACGUUUGUAACAAGAAAACCUUAAAUUCAGCCUAAACAACUCGUUGCCGCGGCAACCUCUUACAUUAGAAACCAGCUGAUCGCUGUAGUAUUAAAAUACUAAACUGAAUUUGUCCUAGUUUGUGUGAGGCGUUGAGUAGACGAGUUCUGUUCGUAACUAGAGAUCAGGGUGGACGUUUAAUGAAAAAAAAAACUUACUGAAUUCCAUGUAACUCACUUGUAAUCGUCUUCAAAUCUUAAAACCCAUUCUGAGUGGAAUGAGUACAAUUUCAGCCGUCGUACAACUCGGUGCCGUUUCGUCCAUGUCAGGCCCACAUUCUAUCUUGGAGAUAGGUGAAAGACAGGAAAAAACACAUCCAUCUUCAGAAAAUGAUACAACAGUUCAUCAAGAUGGUCUCUCUCAUACUGAGAGUAACCAUAAAGAAGCAGCAAGAAGUUUAACUCCCAUGAAUCAGCAUAAUCCAUCUUUUGAUCCAAACGACUGUAUCCCUCAACAUGAUGAUGAGCUCAGUUCCUCUGAAGAUGUUGCUACAGGUUCUAGUAAAAAAGAAAAGAGGCCACCACCACUUGAGAUGGCUCAAGAUCCUUCUCUGGCAACGGGAGAUGGUCCAAAAACUCCUUUAUCUCCACGAGCUAGAUCUGCUGGUACAUUAAAAACAGAUAGAGAAAAGAAACUUGGUCAUCGGAGAGUAGGAGAAGGAGGUGAAGUGACGUAUAAAAAAAUACACACUUCACAAAUUAUGGGUUCCAUACAAUUGGGAAUCAGCCACGCUGUUGGAGGCCUAGCCUCCAAACCUGAAAGAGACCUUCUGAUGCAAGAUUUCAUGACCAUUGAAACAACAAAUUUUUAUUCCCAAGGAUCGCAGCUGACCCCUGCACAUCAUUACUCAGAUUUUCGUUUUAAGUCAUUCGCCCCUAUCGCCUUCCGAUAUUUUCGUGAUCUCUUCGGUAUUCAACCCGAUGACUUCUUGUUAUCGCUGUGUAACGAGCCGCUAAGAGAAUUGACUAAUCCGGGAGCUAGCGGAUCUAUUUUCUACCUGUCGGCAGACGACGAAUUCAUUAUAAAAACUGUACAACACAAAGAGGGAGAAUUUCUCAUGAAAUUGCUCCUUGGUUAUUACAUGAACCUCAAUCAGAACCCACGGACACUACUGCCAAAGUUUUUCGGAUUGUAUUGUUACAUUUGCAACUCGAAAAACGUACGCAUGGUGGUAAUGAACAACUUACUACCAUCUUCCAUAAAGCUACAUGAAAAAUACGAUCUCAAAGGUUCUACCUAUAAAAGAAAAGCUUCAAAAUCAGAGCGGAGUAAAACAGUGCCCACUUUCAAGGACCUGGAUUUCCUAGAACUGCAUCCAGAUGGAAUUAUGUUGGAAGCGGAUACGUAUAAUGCAUUGAUUAAGACGAUUCAACGAGACUGUCGUGUUUUGGAAAGCUUUAAGAUAAUGGACUACAGCCUUUUAGUUGCAAUUCACAAUCUGGAUUUGGCAGCCAAAGAAGAAGCUGAGCGUCGUAGGAACAAUUCAAUUGGUGACGAAGAUAGUGGAGAGGAGAACGGAGCUGUGGCAGGAACGUCCUCCGGGGCAACAGGAUCUACUCAACCCCCACCUUUAGUUCGUAGCCGCUCCAUCAACCGUCAGAAAUUGGUGGCUCAUUCCACUGCUUUAGAAAGUAUCCAGGCGGAAAGUGAACCCAUUGACGAGGAAGACGAUGUUCCACCCGGUGGUAUUCCAGCCCGUAAUGCUAAGGGCGAGAGACUUCUCAUAUUUCUAGGUAUUAUAGACAUUUUGCAGAGCUACCGACUGAAGAAAAAGCUUGAACACACACUCAAGGCCAUGAUCCAUGAUGGGGAUACGGUAUCGGUCCAUCGUCCUGGCUUUUAUUCGCAGCGAUUCCAAAACUUCAUGGCUAAGCAGGUCUUCAGAAAGGUGCCAUCACUGGAUUUGCCCGAAUUUAAAGGCAAACAUCGUAAAUUCCGCAACUUGGUAUCCAGCUACUUAGCGCUGAAACAUUCACCUUCUAAGAAGAAAUUGACGGCUCGGACACGAGCAACCUCCGUCACGGAUAGUGCGGCUCCGGCAAAUUACGACCAGCUCGCCGUCAGCCAGGAAUCAGCGUCAGACGCCGGAGCGAUGGGUGGUGUUUCGACUUUGCCACAUCCGACAGGAGCGAGUUCAAUGUCAGGACCAGCAACUGCAGUUACUUUCAGCAACACAGUGGUUGGAGGCGGUGGUACCAGCGCUGCCGGAAAUAGUGUCGGCGGUGGCAUUGGCGGAAGUUCCGGUACGCCCGUCAAUUUGCCAGCCGUCCUUAAAGAUCGUGUGCCAAGCAACUUGAGGUUGGCUUCUGGGGCUGGCUCCAGGGGCCCACCUCCGCCUGUUCCUCCGCGUUCUCCUAAGCGGGUUAACAUUGCAGUGCCAACGUCUCAAGGAGGGGUGUCGGCAGGUCCGGCUAAAGUAUCAUUUCGACCAAGAGCCAGCAAUGAAGAUGGAGAAUCCCGAAGUCUGCCGUCAUCUUCAUCGUCGUCAUCGACUCCUCCUCCUGCAUUUGAGGAUGUUUUGCGUUCGGGUCCAUCGGAUAGACCCCGGGAACAACCGAUGGCCCAGACUAGCCGAGCUGGAAGUAAAUCGGUUAACGUCUCGGGAAAGAGACAAACGGAGGCAACCGUAAGCAGGAACUGGACGUCGCAAGCUGAAGCUAUCAGGAAUCAAGAAUUCGGGAAGCAGAUCGAAACAUCAGUGGUCAGUCAUACCGAAGAAUUGGUUUGCAUGACAAGUCAUCAUAUCUUCAGCAUGUCCGAAGUCCAACUGGAGGUACGAUCGAAUAGCAAAGCGUCAUCACUAGGAAGUGGGGAAAUCUUAAGAAUGGCGAGUGGUGUUCUUUCCGGAGGCCAUACACCGACACCAACAUGGACGGAAGGAACGCCUUCUUUCACUGAAUCAUCAUCUUCGGGUGAAUUAGGGUUUUCAGGAUCGCCGAAAAUGAACCAAACGUCAGCCAACUCGUCCCGCGUUCAUGUCAAGGUUGUCAACGAAGAAACUUUGUCCUCGAGUUUUCAUCAGGAUCAUGAAAUGACACACCUGUAGGCAGCUGACACUUGACAGCUGGGAGCUUUGCGGUGAACGUCUUGGAUCGCUGGAGGAAAACGGAAGAAUUGGCGAAGAAGAAAUUAUGGAGAAAAAACAAACAAAUGUUUUGAUGGACGAUGGGUUUCGUGAAUGUUUGCCUUCUAUUUGCUUAGUCUCUUUGCGUACUAUUUUUGCUGUCGCUGUUAUCACUACGUCUUACUUUUCGGUGGGUUUUUCCUUCCUUGUCUUCGUGUGUGUGUCUUCUCUGUUUUUAUGUAACAAAAGAAAAGAAGAAGAAAAACAAAAGUGAGAUUCCUUCGACGCGGUUCUGCGUGGAAAUUCAACGUGAACACUGCCCCUGUUUUAAAUGAUACAGUGGUUUGUAUAUCCAGAGUUGAUAUUUCCACCCAUGAAAGAUAGUUUGUGAUUCUCUCACUGGUUUUGGUUCCUUAUUUUUUUUUCCUUGUUUAUUCUUUUCAUUUUUUUUUUUUUUUGCUGGUAAUGACCAUGGUCGAUGUUCUGAAUGGCUAUGCCCACACACAUGGUUUCUAUUUUGGAAAGAUAAAGAAAGUCGUCUUAUUACUAUUGUUUUCUAGUUAAUACUUGUGGAUGUUUUCAUUCGUUAUCAUUCGGUGGAUGGUUUGCCUGUGGGCUUAUUUUGAUUCCGUAUUGGGGUCGUGUAUUCUUUCUCCUUUUCCUGUGGCCAAUCUUUAUUACUCCCCUUUUCGUGUGUGUUGAACUGUCAAAUGUUUUGAUAUUUUUGGCAGGUGACUACGCCCGUUGCCCUCCUUUCCUCGUCUUUUCUUCUGCGUGUGGUGUUUGUGGGAAUAUGCAUUCAUUACAUCCUGUUUUUAACAAAGCAAUAACCGCCAGAGAGUGUUGGAUCUGCUUUUCUGUACAUUGAUAUACCUUAUCUAGCUCCCGAUAUCCUAAUUUCCUUUAACUGUACAAGUAAUGCUUCGUUUUUCUUUUCGUUUGUCUAAAAUCUCAGCGUGUCGGCCAUGACGGUGCGUACUGUGUAGCUCUACUUUCUCUUCCUAUCCCUCUUUGUCAUGUGUCUCUUACCGUUAAACAAAAGAUUAUCACAAUUAUCUCUUUGCUGUGUUAGGAAACAAAGAAAUACUACCUUCCAUCCUGUUUAUAUCUUUUCUCUUUUCCUACAGUAUUUUAUACCUAUUCUGUAUGUGUUAUAAAUAUCCUUUUUUUUUUUCUUUCCUACUACUAUCUGUCUCCUCUGAAUGACUAUUUCUCCCGAACCUGUGUUACAGCGCUGGCAAUGUUUCAUGGUUUCUUCAUUUUGUGCUUAAUUGGAGCCUAUAUCACUGAAUGUUUUAUUCGUACUUUCCCUUCUGUUGUUCUACAUACAUAUUAACCGUCAAACCGUGAGUAGCAAGAAGUGGAUUAAAGUUGAAGGAAACAUUACAAUAAAACCGGAAAAAAAGUA